AUGGCACAAUAUCUGCAGCAUCCCAUCCCGCGGAAACUGUGGGAGCAUCCGGAUCCCGAGAGCACCGAUAUGUGGAAGUUCAAGCUGAGCUUGGAGAGGGCCAGCGGGCGCAAAUUCGAGAACUUCGACGCCUUGUACAAUUACUCGGCCACUUAUCGAUCUGCCUUCUGGCGCCACGUCUUCGACUACUUCCCCAUCGUCUACUCAGGCACCGUUCCAGAUCCCGUCGUCGACGAAUCCGCCCGAAUGGACUCGAUCCCGCGCUGGUUCACCGGUGUGCGCAUGAACUUUGCCCAGAACAUCCUGUUCUCUGGCGAUGAGAACGGGCGUGCGGUCAUCGACGCGGCAAAGGCGGAUGAUAAGAUUGCCUGCACCGAGGUCCGCGAGGGCGCCUUCCUAGAGCCUAUCAGACAUGUCACCUGGAAGGAACUGAGGCAGAGAGUUGGGAGGUUGAGCCAGGCAAUGAGGGCGCACGGGGUGAAGAAGGGAGAUAGGAUCGCGCUCGUGGCGAGUACGUGUCUUGACACACUGACAGUGUUUCUCGCGACUACUACGCUGGGGGCACUUUUCAGCAGUAGUUCGACAGAUAUGGGCGUCAAGGGUAUCCUGGAUCGACUCACCCAGAUCAAGCCGCGAUAUCUGUUCAUGGACGACUGGGCCGUGUACAACGGCAAGAAGAUCGAUCUGCGGCCCAAGAUGAAGGACAUCAUGACCGGGAUGCAAGCCGUGGAUGAGUUCCAAGGAAUCGUUUCGCAAGCUCGCUUCCAGCACUCACCGGCCAAUAUUUCGAGUGUGCCGAGAGCCACGACGUGGGCGAACUUCAUCGCUGCCGCAAAGUCUGAUAAGUUGGAGUUUGAAAAUACCGAUUUCGCAGAUCCGUUUCUGGUCGUAUAUUCCUCAGGGACGACGGGGCAGCCGAAAUGCAUUGUCCAUGCGAUUGGAGGAGUCAUCAUCUCGGGCCACAAAGAGUACAGGUUGCACCGGUGUAUCAACGCGAACUCGAGCCAACUGCAAUACACGACAACGGGAUGGAUCAUGUAUUUGGCUAGCGUGCAGGCUUUGAUCACGGGAUGUCGAAUGGUGAUAUAUGACGGAAGUCCUUUUGUGCCCAACUUGACGAAUCUGCUGAAGUUGGUCGGGCAGGAGAAAGUGACGCAUUUGGGCAUCAGUCCAAGAUACUUACAGACUCUGCAGACCAACGGUAUCAUCCCUAAGAAAGUGGCGGAUUUGAGCAAUCUCAAGGUCAUCACCAGCACGGGUAUGGUAUUGUCGGAUCAGCUAUUCGAAUGGGUCUAUGACGAAGGGUUCCCGCCUUCAGUGCAGUUGGACAACAUCUCUGGUGGAACUGACCUCGCAGCAUGUUUUGGGACCGGCAAUCCAAUCCUCCCGCUGUACGUCGGUGGCUGUCAAUCUCUUUCUCUGGGUGUCCCCGUCAAAGUGUUUGAUCAAACCAUCGAGGGGGGUCAGGGAGUCGAAGUUGAAGAUGGUGUGCCAGGCGAAUUGGUCGCGUAUAACGCGUUUCCAACCAUGCCAGUCACGUUUUUGGGAGACAAUGGUCCACAGCGGUACUUCGACAGUUAUUUUGCGCGCUUUGACAAUGUCUGGACCCAUGGCGAUUUUAUCAUGAUCCAUCCAGUCACGAAGCAAGUCAUGUUCUUGGGUCGGGCUGAUGGUGUGUUGAACCCCAGCGGCGUGCGGUUCGGUUCUGCCGAAAUAUACAGCAUCAUCGAAGCCAAAUUUGCGGACAAAAUUAGUGACAGCAUCUGCGUCGGGCAAAGGAGACCAAAGGACCAAGAUGAGAGGGUAGUUCUGUUCUUGUUGAUGAAACCUGGUCACCAAUUCACGCCACAGCUCGUCAGCGAAGUCAAGGAGGCCAUCCGAAAAGCCACCAGCCCCAGGCAUGUACCCAAAUUUGUCUUUGAGACAAAAGAAAUUCCGACGACGGUCAACUUGAAGAAGGUCGAAUUACCUGUGAAACAGAUCGUGUCGGGCAAAGUCAUCAGGCCUUCUGGCACGCUAUUGAACCCAGAGAGCCUGAACUAUUACUAUCAGUUUGCAAAAGACGAGAACCUGGUUGAUCUGACCGAGCCAAAGGCAAAACUGUAG